UUACAGAUUUUGUGCCACAAACUCUGCUUCGGUAAAUCAUAAAACUGGAUUUCCUCUUUUUGUAUUUUAUUAGCCUUCAUUAUGUCUCUUCCGGACAAGAUAUUAAAGAAAAAGCUGAAUAAAUGGGAAACCAUGAAGAAAACUGAACGACAGAAACGGAUGGAAAAAGAAGCCCCGGUACGGAAACGAAAAGCUAGCGAGGCAGAAGAGGAACCUGAGUCGGGAAACCAUGAAGGUCCACGAGAAGACCAGUCCGGUCGUUCCAGCAGAAUUGUUCCAUCUUCGAUCAGCAUGUCUGAUGGGCAAAAUGGCAAGGCAGAGUCUGUCGAAGAAGUUUCCCAUGAUUCCGGAAAAGAUGUGACGACGAACGGCUUGCCGUUCUCUGACCUUGAAGGAAAGGUGUCAGACAACAUUUUGAAGGCGGUGAAAGAGAUGACAUUUACCCAUAUGACCGAUAUUCAAAGCAGAUGUAUACCACCUCUUUUGGAAGGAAGGGAUUUGAUUGGUUCGGCCCGUACAGGAAGCGGUAAAACUUUGGCUUUUCUUAUUCCGGCCAUUGAGCUGCUGAAUAAAGUAAAAUUUCAUCAACGCAACGGAACGGGAUGUAUUAUUGUUUCUCCGACGCGAGAGCUGUCUAUGCAGACGUUUGGAGUUCUGAAGGAACUGCUAAAAUUUUCUACACUUACUUUCGGAUUGAUUAUGGGGGGAACUAAUCGGCAAGCGGAAGCCGAUAAAUUGGCCAAAGGAGUUAACAUCCUCGUAGCGACACCUGGUCGGCUGUUGGACCAUAUGCAGAGCACCAAUCAGUUCGUGUAUAAGAAUUUAUUGUGCUUGGUAAUUGACGAAGCGGAUCGAAUUCUGGAUAUAGGAUUCGAGGAAGAAAUUAAGCAGAUCAUUCGACUGUUACCUAAAAAACGACAAACCAUGCUGUUCAGUGCAACUCAGACCCAGAAAACAACCGAUCUCAUAAAACUGGCCGUCUCCACCGCGCCGAUUUAUGUCGGCAUCGACGACGACAAGCAGGUUGCGACUGUGGAAGGGCUUAAUCAGGGAUACGUUGUCUGCCCCUCAGAUAAACGAUUCCAGUUACUGUUUACCUUUCUAAAGAAAAAUAAGAAAAGCAAAGUCAUGGUAUUCUUCAGCUCGUGUUUGUCCGUGAAGUUCCACCAUGAACUGCUUAAUUAUAUUGGAUUGAGCGUAAUGUGCAUACAUGGUCGGCAGAAGCAAGCCAAGCGAACGACCACGUUUUUCCAGUUCUGCAACGCAGAAAGCGGCAUUUUGCUUUGUACCGACGUUGCUGCGCGAGGACUAGAUAUUCCUCAAGUUGAUUGGAUUGUUCAGUAUGAUCCCCCGGACGAUCCGAAGGAAUACAUUCAUCGUGUCGGACGAACAGCGCGCGGUGAAGGAGGGCGAGGCCAAGCUUUACUCAUCUUGAGACCAGAGGAGUUAUUGUUUUUGCGGUACUUGAAACAGGCUCGCGUACCAUUAACGGAGUUCGAGUUCUCGUGGAAUAAGGUUGCCGAUGUCCAGGACCAAUUUGAAAAAUUAAUGGAGAAGAAUUAUUUUUUAAACAUGUCGGGACGUGAAGCGUACAAAUCAUACGUGAGGGCAUACGAUUCACAUCACCUCAAACAAAUUUUCGAUGUCAACACAUUGGAUCUGAAAUUAGUGGCAAAAUCAUUUGGAUUCAAAAUACCGCCUAUGGUAGAACUGGGUGUAACUAGUGGUAAUCGAGCAAAAUCAAAAGAACUAGGCGCUGGAUAUCAGCGUCCACCAAUUGCAAAGAAACGAAAGCUGUAUAAGCAGUUCCCGACUAAAAAGGAGCAGGAAUACUUAUAACAUUAUGUUUUCAUCAAUUUCCUAACCUUACGAAGAUGUGCGAAAUUGGCGUUCUUGUGUUGUGUUAUGUAUCUGCCAAGCGUUUGCAUGCAAGCGCGAUUUUUACACAAUUUUUAUCGGUAACUUACCAACGAUACGCAUGACGUACGUUGAUAAAGAAAACAAAACCCAAUCUAAGGGCCAUAAUACCGCAAUUACAUAAUCCAAACUGCGGAUCACCCAAAAUAAAAUCAAAUC